AUGUCCCUCCUCAGCAGCUACGAGGGUCUGCGGCAUGAGAUCCAGAGGCUGGCACAGGAGAACGAGGAGCUGCGGCGACUCGUGCAGCUGAUCCAGGAGAACCAGGAGCUGAAGCUGGUGCUCAGGAACCGGGGCAGCACCCUGGGCUUCUGCAGCUCUGGGCUCCUGGCUGAGGUGGCCUCCAGCCCCCGCCUGCCCCGGCGCAAAACCAUCAAGUUCAAGGAUGCUGAAAAGGGUGAGCAGGGGCUGCAGGGGCUCUACUCCGGGGCCUGCUUUGUGCCAAUACAUUGA